GAGCUCUUAUUAAAAUCAACUCUUGAGCAGUAAGUUAGUUUUCUGCUUCAAUCUGUUACUCAAUAUGGCCAACUUCUUCCCUGCAGCUCAUCUUCUUCUUCUUCUGUUCUUCUUCAAUCCAUCGCCAUUAGAAGCUGCUACGGACUCCGCAAUAAUAACGAGCAUCGACUGCGGCGCCUCUCAGCCACACACAGACGAGCUCGGCAUUCAAUGGACUCCCGACUCCUCCCUAAUCAAAACCGGUCUAACGCAAACUGUUCCCAACGCCACUUCAAUCCCCCAAUCCAUGCAAACCCUUCGCGUAUUCCCCACAGGCAAAAGAAACUGCUACGCUCUCUCCAUCCCCGGCGGCGCCUCCACUCAAGUGCUCGUGCGCGCCACGUUCUACUACGGCAACUACGACGGAAAGAAUUCGCCGCCGACGUUUGAUUUGGAGUUGGACGGAAGUAGUUGGUCGACGGUGGAGACGGCGGUGGAUAAGGUGAUAAGUGAAGAGGCUAUUUUUGAGGCGAGGGGAGGGUCGACCAGCGUGUGCUUGGUGCAGAGAAAUGAAGGAGAGUUGCCGUUCGUAUCGGCGAUUGAGCUGCGGCGACUUGGGGAUGAUAUGUAUAGCAGGUAUGAUCGGAGCUCGUCGGCCUUGGUUUUGGCGUUGAGAACGGCCGCCGGAGUGGCGGCGCAACUCAGGUAUCCCGACGACCCAUACGACCGAAUCUGGUUUCCGAUCGAUGCCUCGAAUGGCCUCAAUGUGGUUCAGAACCAAGCCACCACCAUCGACACCGGCAUCAAAGACGCCCCUCCGGCAGUCAUCUUUCAAUCCGCCGUAACUCCAGCCGCCGGCUCCAACACCAUCGGCUUCACCGCCCCUCUCCCCUCAAACAACGUCUCUGCCUAUUUCAACCUUUACUUCACCGAAGUCACUCAGCUCGCUGCCGGCGACAACCGCACCUUCCAAGUCUUCGUCGACGGAAACGCUGAGUCCGACCCCUUUGCUCCACCCUUUGGCAGCAUCAUCGAGAUCUACAUGGCUAAUAUCUCUGCUUCGAGUACCACGCAGAUUUCAUUGCAGUCAACCACCGGCGCCACGCUGCCACCGGUCAUCAGCGCAAUCGAGGCGUAUGUCAUCAUCCCGCUCUCCGGCGGCGGCCGCGGAGGAGGAAGUGCUGCCCCUGCACCCGGCAAUGGGGAUGCGCGGCCAAGUGCUGCGCCGCAGGCGAGUGACGUGGGAUCGCCGACGCCGAGCGAUUCCUCUUCGUUGCCGGGGAGCGAUCAGACGAAUAGUCCUCCACCGGCCCAGAGGGUUCCGGUUGGGUUUGCUUUUGGCGGGGGAAGGAAGGGGUCGCCGUCUUUUGGGAAUAAGGUGGAGGUUGGGAGGGCUUUGGUUAUUGGAAUUGGGAUCUUGGUUCCUAUCUUGUUUUUGAAUUUUGUGUGAGGUGUUGAAUAAUGUAUUUUGUAAUUUUAUUUAUGUAAUUGAUAAAGAAAGAAGAUAAUGUAAUUUUCUUUAUAGGCUUUGAUUGCAUUGGAUGAUUGAUAAGAAUAAAUUAAUAAUUUGCUAA